AUGAUUCCAUCAUUGCAGUGGCCAUUAGAAAACUAUCAUGAUUUAUCAUUGCAGUGGCCAUUGGAACACUAUCAUGAUUUAUCAUUGCAGUGGCCAUUGGAACACUAUCAUGAUUUAUCAUUGCAGUGGCCAUUGGAACACUAUCAUGAUUUAUCAUUGCAGUGGCCAUUGGAACACUAUCAUGAUUUAUCAUUGCAGUGGCCAUUAGAACACUAUCAUGAUUUAUCAUUGCAGUGGCCAUUGGAACACUAUCAUGAUUUAUCAUUGCAGUGGCCAUUGGAACACUAUCAUGAUUUAUCAUUGCAGUGGCCAUUGGAACACUAUCAUGAUUUAUCAUUGCAGUGGCCAUUGGAACACUAUCAUGAUUUAUCAUUGCAGUGGCCAUUGGAACACUAUCAUGAUUUAUCAUUGCAGUGGCCAUUGGAACGCUAUCAUGAUUCCAUCAUUGCAGUGGCCUUAGAACACUAUCAUAAUUCCAUCAUUGCAGUGGCCUUGGAACACUAUCAUGAUUUAUCAUUGCAGUGGCCAUUAGAACACUAUCAUGAUUUAUCAUUGCAGUGGCCAUUGGAACACUAUCAUGAUUUAUCAUUGCAGUGGCCAUUGGAACACUAUCAUGAUUUAUCAUUGCAGUGGCCAUUGGAACACUAUCAUGAUUCCAUCAUUGCAGUGGCUUUGGAACACUAUCAUGAUUUAUCAUUGCAGUGGCCAUAUGAACACUAUCAUGAUUUAUCAUUGCAGUGGCCAUUGGAACACUAUCAUGAUUUAUCAUUGCAGUAG